CAGAAACUUUAAGAAACCAGAUUGGUGGAGUUGAUUGAUAGUUUUUCUGUUGCUAAUUUCAACAUAUCUGGUAAACAUUAAAGGAAUAGUUGCGUGUCUUUUGGAAUUUGUCUCAUGUUUUGACUUUGGUUCUUCUUGCUUAGGUUGAUGGGUGGGACAGUGAUCCUGCGGAUGUAGAUCUUUAUGACAUAGAUGAUGUAGAUUGGGAUGGACAGUAUUCAAGUGGGAGGAAGAGAAGGUCAGAUCGUGAUGGGGUUGUGUUGGACGUGGAUUCUUUUACUCGAAGGUUGAGGAAGCCUCAAGUAGACACGCAGAAGGAAAUCAAUCAACACAUGCUUUCAGUGGAAAUAGCUGUGAAGGAGGCUCUCUUAGCAAGAGGAGAAUCACAUUUCACUGAUCAAGAGUUUCCUCCCAAUGACCGCUCGUUAUUUAUGGAUCCGGACAAUCCCCCAUCUAAAUUGCAGGUUGUUUCUGAAUGGAUGAGGCCUACUGAUAUAGUGAAAGAGAAGCAUCUGGGUAAUCACCAAUGCUUAUUUUCCGGAGUAGCAAAUUCUUCAGAUGUUUCCAGGUUGUGCUACUCUUGCUUCAUACUGUUUGCUCAAAGGACGGCUGGGUGAUUGUUGGUUUCUAAGUGCUGUUGCUGUGCUAACUGAGGUUUCACGAAUAUCAGAAGUCAUAAUUACACCAGAAUACAAUCAGGAAGGAAUAUAUACAGUUCGCUUUUGCAUUCAGGUUAGGCUUCUUUAUUUGUACAGUUACUUGUGCCUGCAAUGUGUUCUUCAAAAGGGCAUAGAAUCAUCUUAGUUCCCACCAGACAUGAACAUACUGGAUUUUUUCAAUUGAUUAAAUUAUAAGUUGUUUUAACGUGUCUCUUGAACUCUGGACAGAAAGGACCGUUGGAGCAACACCUUGAAAGCAAUAAAUUUCCUGUCUUCAAAAUUUAGGAUCUAUGAAUCUAUAGAGAUGAACUACUAGCCACUAUGAUUAUAGAUUAUGGAGGGGUAAAUCAUUCGAAGAAAAAAAAAGAGAACAUUUAGAAAUGGAGAGUGAGAGAAGGGAUUCUGCACAGACUAUCUCCAAUCAUUCACACGUGUCUGAGAGCUGGUUGAACGUUGCAGUAAAAAAGCUCGGCAUAGACAGAGGAGAAAGGAUGGUCUGUCCUUUGCGAAUGGAUGAAGCAAGCUGUCUUAUUCUGGGAAGUCCAUGGUUGCUAAAUGCCAUUUCUGCAUGGGUGCUGGAAGUCUCUAAAGCCAAUAGAAGGAAGAUGGUCCAUUGAUUCUAGUGUUCAGCUCUGAACAUGGUCUCGAAGAGGGUUCUCGGGGAUUAGAAUACUGUACAUGAGUAGAUGUAAAAUAGGAUUUAGUUAUGUAAAUGAGGGUUAACAAAAAGGAAUAGAUGAAAAAAAAAAAUAGGAAUAGAUGUGAGGGAUGCACUACUGGAUGAAUGUUGGAGUCCACGAUAUGGGUGAAAUAUCAAUUGAAGUUUCAGCAUCAGUUUUGAAGUACUUGUAGACAUCACUUCAUUAAUUGUAAAAACCGAACAUUCUUACAUCAAUGGAAUUAACUAACACCUUUCUACAA